CCGUGGCCGUUAGGGCGAGAAAGGGCUGUAGAAGGCUCGAGGCAGUGGGGGAAACUGGGUUUUCCUCAGACUUGAGGUGAAGACAAGCACACAGAAGGGGACGAGGAGUCCCAGACAAGAGUGUGGCGGAAGACUCGGGGGUGAAGCUAAGGGGGUCGGUUUAUGGAUCCCGUGAGCCGUCCGGGUGCCCCCAAAGGCUUCUGAAAAUGCAGGAACCUGUGAGGUCAAGAUUGGCCUCCCUCAGUGACUUUCAAUUUGGAGCUGUUGCCACAGAGACGAUCGAAGACGCUCUGCUUCACCUGGCGCAGCAGAACGAGCGAGCCGUGCAGGGGGCUGCCGGCCGGAUGGGCAGCUUCAGGGAGACCCGGAUCGUGGAGUUUGUUUUUCUCCUGUCUGAACAAUGGUGUCUGGAGAAAUCCGUGAGCUACCAGGCUGUAGAAAUCCUAGAAAGGUUUAUGGUUAAGCAGGCAGAGAAUAUCUGUAGGCAAGCCACGGCCCAGCUGAGAGAGAAGACGGAGCCUCAGAAUUGGAAAGCUCUGAAAGAACAGCUUUCCAACAAGUUCAUCCUGCGUCUUGUGUCAUGUGUUCAACUGGCGAGCAAACUUUCCUUCCACUACAAAAUUAUCAGCAACAUUACAGUCCUGAAUUUCCUCCAGUCUCUGGGGUAUGUGCACACUAAGGAGGAACUGCUGGAGUCAGAGCUUGAUGUUUUGAAGUCCCUGAACUUCCAAAUCAAUCUGCCUACUCCCCUGGCAUAUGUAGAGAUGCUUCUGGAGGUUUUAGGAUACAAUGGCUGUUUGGUCCCAGCCACACAGCUGCAUGCAACCUGCCUGACCCUGCUCGACCUUGUCUAUCUCCUGCACGAACCCGUAUAUGAGAGCCUGCUCAGGGCUUCCAUUGAAAACUCCAUACCCAGUCAGCUGCAAGGGGAGAAGUUUGCUUCAGUGAAGGAAGACUUCAUGCUGUUGGGAGUAGGAAUCAUUGCGGCAAGUGCUUUCAUCCAAAACCAUGAGUGCUGGAGCCAGGUUGUGGAGCAUUUGCAGAGCAUCACUGGCAUUGCCCUGGAAAGCAUCGCUGAGUUCUCUUACGCAAUCCUGACUCACAGCGUGGGCGCCAACACUCCAGGGCGACAGCCUGUCCCCCCCCACCUGGAGGCCAGAGCUCUGCGGGCUGCCACUUCCUCCAACACGUGAGGAGGGCUCCACCCGCCAAGUAUGCAACAGCCUUCACCACUGCGCUUAUCCCUCCUUUUGUUUACUCUUCAACUCAGGGUACAAAAGUUCCGAGUAUCUUUUGGACUAUGUUUUGUGUUCCAACUUCAUGUGCACUUUUCUGCAUCAGACAAAGAGUUAAAGUUGACAAGCAUGUCCUUUUUGUUGUAUCAGACUGAAAAUGUCAAGGAGCUGGGAGGAGAUAGAACAUUAGUGAAGUUGGUUCGUUUUUGUUUAACAAGGUAUUUAUAGCUUUUCCUUAGCUGUUCAUUUCACUGAAAGAGAACAUAGGAUGUGGACAUUAGUGUUAACCAGGGGCUUGAAAACCGAGACUGUUUGGGUGACCUUGACUGAGCAUCAAGGAGGCAGCCUUUAUUUCCCCUUCAAGUUAGUUUAACAUCUCUGUUCUGUCAUUGACAUGUACACAAAUAGGGCUUCCUCCACAGCUGUCUAUUGCCAUUAGUCUUUUUUAAAACUAACACCAAUCCAUCUCUAAACAUGUUUCAACAGAGCUUUCACAUACCUGCACUUGAACUCAAUACUCCCAGGAUACAAAGUGCUCUAUUUCAGUCAACAAAAAAACCAGCAGUGCACUUCUGGGCAGUUAUCAGACUGCAGUAAAUCUUUUAUUACAAAUAAUUAAAUCUCUCCAUAAUGUCUCAAACAAUAUCAAACACCAUUUCAUAUCUCUAACAGAGAGCAGAAUAGGCAUUCAGCACUGGAAGCAAGUGAGGACAAGUGUUAAAUUUCAAGCUUCUGAUCACAUCAUCUGGUGACCAAAGCUUACGUGUCAUUUUCUCACGUUAUCCAGCUGUACGUCUCACACAUCUCGUCGUCUCAGUGGAGACAAAAGUUUCUAUUUCAUAUUGUAAGUGCAGGAAGUUGAGAGAGAUAAAACCCAGUGAAAACACAUUGAUCUCAAUUCAACUCAGUUAACAAAACAAAAACAAAAACAAAAACAAUUUUAAAUUAGUUGUUUUGAGGGGAGAGAGGGAAAGGAAGGUUUGGGGUUAAGAGUCAAACCUAUGACAAAGGCUGAUAGCUGUACAUGACACAUUGUAGCCCUGGAAACUAUCUGUCACAUGAUAUCCUGAAAUAAAGUGGCUUUUGUAGAUUUUUUCUGUUUUGGUAUUGUAAACAUGUGCUGUUAAUAGUACCCGAAUUUAAUUUAAAACUUUUUUUUUUUUUUUUUUUU